AUGACUAUCUCUUACACCUGGUGGAAAGACGCUACCGUCUACCAAAUCUGGCCUGCUUCCUUCAAGGACUCCAAUGGUGAUGGUCUUGGAGAUAUUCCAGGCAUCAUCUCCAAGUUGGACUACCUCAAGAACUUGGGAGUCGAUGUCAUCUGGAUGAGUCCCAUGUACGACUCGCCCCAGGACGACAUGGGCUACGAUAUCUCCGACUACAAGAAGGUGUACCCCAAGUACGGUACGGUUGACGACAUGAAGGUGUUGCUCGACGAGGCCCACUCGCGUGGCAUCAAGUUGGUUUUGGACUUGGUGGUCAACCACACCUCGAGCGAGCAUCGCUGGUUCAAAGAAUCCCGUUCGUCGCUCGACAACGACAAGAGGGACUGGUACGUCUGGAAGAAGCCCAAGUACGACGCUGAGGGCAACAGACACCCUCCCAACAACUGGAGCACCCAUUUCUCGGAGCCAGCCUGGACCUACGACGAGACCACCGACGAGUACUACUUGCACCUCUUCGCCAAGUCGCAGCCAGACCUCAACUGGGAAAACCCAGCCACUAGAAACGCCAUCUACGACGAGGCCAUGAGCUUCUGGUUCGAGUUGGGCGUGGACGGCUUCAGAAUCGACGUGGCCAACAUGUACUCGAAGGACCAGAGAUUCCUCGACGUUCCUAUCGUGUUCCCAGACCAGUCGUUCCAGCCAUGCAUGCAAUACACCCACAACGGGCCACGUAUCCACGAGUUCCACAAGGAGAUGUUCGAGAAGGUCACCUCCAAGUACGAUGCCAUGACCGUGGGUGAGGUCGCGUUCUGCUCCAGAGAAGAUGCUCUCAAGUACGUCAGUGCUAAGGAGAAGGAGAUGAGCAUGAUUUUCCUCUUUGACGUGGUUGACGUGGGCACUGUCCACGCCAACAGGUUGGAAAAGCCUGCCAACCCAUGGAAAUUGAGCGAAUUGAAGCAAGCGGUUGAAAACCAGUGUGAGUUCAUCAAGGGUACCGAUGCGUGGUCCACUGUAUUCUUUGAGAACCACGACCAGCCCAGAUCGAUCUCCAAGUUCGGCUCCCUGAACCCCAAAUACAACUUCAAGUCGGCCAAGUUGUUGGCUAUGCUCCAAACUGCGUUGACUGGUACCCUCUACAUCUACCAGGGCCAAGAAAUCGCUAUGGCCAAUUUGCCAGCCUCCUGGUCCAUUGACGAGUACCUCGACAUCAUGACUAUCAACUACUACAGAAACUGGGUGGAAAUCCACGGAAAGGAUGCUGAUUUCGAAGAGCAGAAGAAGGUCAUCUUGGAAGGCAUCAACAUGCUUGCCAGAGACCACGCCAGAUCACCAGUUCAAUGGGACGCCAGCGAGUACGCUGGAUUCUCUCCUGUCGCCCCAUGGACCAGAGUCAACGACAACUACAAGGAAAUCAACGUCGAGUCACAGCUCAAUGAUCCUAACUCGGUGUUGCACUUCUGGGCCAAGUCCUUGAAGGUCAGAAAGGAGCACAAGGAUCUCCUCAUCUACGGGGCCUACAAGACCCUUGACCAAGACAACGAACAGGUGUACUCCUUCAUCAAGUACCAGAACGACGAGACCAGCUCUCCCAAGGCUUUUGUCACCUUGAACUUCUCGGAUGAGCCUGCCAAGUUCGAACGUUUGGUUGAAGGCCAAUACACCUUGGUCAACUCCAACGUCGAUGUUCAGGACGAAGCCACCUUGUCUCCUUAUGAAGGACGUCUUUACAUCGUCGAUUAG